CUUGAGAUGUGGUGAAAGUAGGCGUAAAUUAUUAAAAAAAAUUGUGGGCGUAAUAUUUGUAUUGGGAAUUCCGGCCAUAGAUUUCCAUUCGCACCGCCGGUUCUCGAGUUCGCGAUCUCUCGUUAAGUUUCCUCGUUAAGGAUACUAGGAAAAGGGUUCGCCGGCGUAUCGCCGAGACCUUCGCUGCGGUUUGCUUGGUCCACCGAUGGAUCAGGAGAAGGGGGACGACUCCGAUUCCCAAACCAAUGAUGGGAGGCUUCACUGGAAGAAUUACUAUAAGCACCUGCUUCUUUUAGCAUAUCAAAGUUUUGGUGUAGUAUAUGGUGAUUUAGCUACUUGUCCUCUGUAUGUCUAUAAAAGUACUUUUUAUGGGAGGCUUCAUGAUUUUCAAGACGAAGAGACAAUAUUUGGUGCAUUUUCCUUGAUAUUCUGGACUUUCACUAUGAUUCCUUUGCUAAAAUAUGUAUUCAUUGUGUUGAGUGCGGAUGAUAAUGGUGAAGGGGGAACAUUUGCUCUGUACUCUGUCCUUUGCAGGCAUGCAAAGUUCAGUCUGUUACCGAAUCAGCAGGCGGCUGAUGAGGAGUUAUCUACAUAUUACAGGCCUGGUUAUGCAUCUCGGAGUAUCGCAUUAUCUCCAUUGAAAAGAUUUCUUGAGAAACAUAAGAAGACACGGACUGCUUUACUACUUGUAGUUUUAUUUGGCGCUUGUAUGGUUAUAGGUGAUGGUGUUCUCACACCGGCAAUUUCUGUUCUAUCAUCAGUAUCUGGAUUGCAAGUUCGUGCCGAGGGUUUAAGUAAUGCUGUGGUGGUAAUUAUAUCUUGCAUUGUUCUUGUUGGUCUCUUUGCUUUGCAACACCGUGGUACUCAUAGGGUAGCCUUCUUGUUUGCACCAAUCGUUAUUAUUUGGCUUUUGUGUAUUGGCCUCAUUGGUCUAUACAACAUCAUCCACUGGAAUCCCAGAAUAUACUUAGCUCUUUCACCAAGCUACAUCAUCAAGUUCUUUAAGGUAACCGGAAAGGAUGGCUGGCUUUCUCUUGGAGGAAUAUUACUUUGUAUUACAGGUAGUGAAGCUAUGUUUGCUGAUCUUGGCCACUUCACUGCAGCAUCUAUUAGGGUUGCGUUUGUCACUGUAAUAUAUCCAUGCUUGGUACUGCAAUAUAUGGGACAGGCAGCAUAUCUUUCUAAAAAUGUUUCCUCGGUUUCCAUAAGCUUCUAUGCUUCCAUCCCCCAAGCUGUGUUUUGGCCGGUUUUCUUGGUGGCCACUCUAGCUGCUGUAGUUGCUAGCCAAGCUGUCAUCUCAGCAACUUUUUCGAUUGUGAAACAAUGCCUUGCUUUGGGCUGUUUUCCUCGUGUUAAGGUUGUCCAUACAUCUAGGUGGAUCUAUGGCCAAAUAUACAUACCUGAAAUUAACUGGAUACUUAUGGUGCUUUGUCUUGCUGUCACCAUUGGGUUCCGCGAUACAACCUUGAUUGGAAAUGCAUAUGGCAUUGCAUGCAUAGCUGUGAUGUUUGUCACGACAUGGUUGAUGGCGUUGAUUAUCAUCUUUGUUUGGCAGAAGAAUGUCUUUUUUGCUCUUUUGUUCCUAGUUUUCUUUGGGAUCAUUGAAGGGGGAUACCUUUCAUCUUCAAUUAUGAAAGUCCCACAGGGAGGAUGGGCUCCUCUGGUGCUUGCAUCUGUAUUUAUGGCUAUCAUGUAUGCUUGGCACUACGGAACUCGGCGAAAGUAUCUUUUCGACAUGCAAAACAAAGUUUCAAUGAAGUGGAUCCUCACUCUUGGCCCUAGUCUUGGCAUAGUUCGUGUCCCUGGAAUUGGCCUUAUCUAUACUGAACUGGUUACUGGAGUUCCUGCCAUCUUUUCCCAUUUUGUCACAAACCUACCUGCUUUUCAUCAAGUUCUGGUCUUUGUUUGUGUCAAGUCAGUUCCAGUCCCUUAUGUUCCUCCUGAUGAACGAUAUCUGAUUGGCCGGAUUGGUCCCAGAGCCUACAGAAUGUACAGAUGUAUUGUAAGAUAUGGCUACAAAGAUGUGCAGAAGGAUGAUUACAAUUUCGAGGAUCAUUUAGUUAUGAGCAUUGCGGAGUUCAUUCAGAUGGAAGCCGAGGAAUCAAGAAGCUCAAUCAGCUGCGAUGGGUCGCCCGAGGGAAGAAUGGCGGUUAUUCGAACCUCGGAAAGGCGUUCCGGUUUAGUCGUGAGAGACGCCGACGAUGAAGCUCCAGGUGCAUCGAUUUCUGCGAGAAGCAGCAAGUCGGAGACUCUGCAAAGUUUGCAGUCAUUGUAUGAGCAUGAAUCCCCAAAUCUAACUCGAAGAAAACGGGUUCGAUUCGAACUGCCUCAGUCGCCGCAAGUAGAUCCGCAGAUGCGAGAGGAACUCGCCGCUCUGGUGGAGGCCAAAGAGGCAGGAGUUGCUUAUGUGUUAGGCCACUCUUACAUAAAGGCCAGGAAGAAUUCAUCCUUCAUAAAGAAGUUUGUUAUUGAUGUGGCCUACUCUUUCCUCCGUAAGAACUGCAGGGGCCCUUCUGUGGCCUUGAAUAUCCCUCACAUUAGCCUGAUUGAAGUGGGAAUGAUCUACUAUGUUUAAUAAUAAGGUUCUCCAUCAACCAGCAGCGAUAUUACAGCCCAAAAGCACUUAUAAGCUGCUUUUUUUCUUGAAAGAAUGUUGAGCAGCUGGAGGCCUACUUUCUAAUUGUACUUGUAUAUCUAUGUAGGCUUCUAUCUCUAGAUGGCAUUGUAUUUGGUAGUUCAAAAUUCUUCUUUUGCCGUCCGGAACUAAGCUAUGAUGUCUGUUCUUAAGUAAUGUUUUGAUGUAGAAUAAAUAUGACUAUUUUCUUGAAUUUUGUUUGUUUUUCUUGUAGCAAUAAUGAUUUUCUUGGUUCAUUUGGUGAUCA